AGAUGGUGAUGAAUUGACGCACGGAGACGUCGUCUCUGGGCAUUGCGAGGCAGGGGAGAAGCGAGUAUGCGCACCAGACGCCAUGGAAAAAGCGGCGUCAAGCCAAGAAGGUUGGAUAAAGAGAGUAAGGGUGGCUGAUUCUACAGAGGAGCGGACAACUAAUCCUGAGAAGCCAUCUGCUUUGGAGUGCACGAUUAGAAGCCAUUCGCUAGACGAGGCUUAUAGUUUCUACAAUUUGUAUUCAUGGGAGUUAGGAUUUGGAAUUCGGUAUGGCAAGAGCAGGCUAAAUGUGCAUAAGAAGUGUAUGCAAGAGAUUCUAUGCGGAUGCGCAGCCAGCCUCUUAGGGACAAUAGCCGGUCGACACGUUGUGGCCAUGACCCGGCUUCUCAGGACAACAGACGGCGGGUGGUACAUAUCGGAGCAUAGAACAGACCACAACCACCCUUUGUCAUCGACAUGCGGUGAGAAGCUUCACUGGCAGUCACACCGUCACAUUGACAAGCACGCGAGGGAUUUGGUCAUUCAUUUGCGAGAAAAUAAUAUUAGCCUUGGCAAGGUAUACAGUAUCAUAGGGAGUUUUUUUUGGCAGCAUGGAUAGCAUUCCAUUCACGAAACGGUCUUUGAAAAGCCUGUGUGGGAAGAUAAGCUGGGAGCAAUCUGACAAUGACGCCGUAAAAACAAUGGAGGUUUUUGGCAAGUUGCUAGAUGAAGACCCUGAUUUUAAAUACAUGGUGCAGCUAGACGGAGAGAGUCGUAUGAGGACACUCCUCUGGACUUCUGCUAGAUGCAGCGAGAAGUAUGCGUGCUUUGGUGAUGCCAUCACAUUUGAUACAACGUAUCGAACUAAUCUCUAUAAUAUGCCUUUUGGGUUGUUCGUCGGUGUGAACAACCAUUUUCAAAGCAUAAUUCUGAGAGGCGUUUUGAUGCGUGAUGAGAAAGAAGACAGUUUCAGGUGGGUGUUCAGGGAGUUCAUGAGGAUGAUUGGUGGGAAAGAUAAUCACCCGAAAACUAUUUUGACAGAUCAAGCGAGGGCUAUGGAGUUAGCUAUUGCAGAGGAGCUUCCCAACACGACACAUCGUUGGUGCAAAUGGCAUGUAUUGAAAAAAGCAAAGGAAUGCCUAGGAGCACUGUACGGGAAGAGGACUAGUUUCCGAGCGGAGUUUCAUCGUCUCGUGUCGGAGCAGUACACCGAGGAGGAGUUUGAGCAAAGUUGGGCAGAGAUGCUGAACAAGCAUGGAUUGCAAAACCAGCCAUACCUUACACAGAUUUAUGAGGUCAGGCAUAAAUGGGCAAAACCGUAUUUCCGCAAAACCUUUUGUGCAAAGAUGACAAGUACCCAACGCAGUGAGAGCGCAAACCACAUGCUUAAGACGUACAUCCCUCCUGGAUGUCCGAUGCAUCUCUUUGUGAAACAGUACGCGAAGCUGCAGUUCAACAGAGACCAAGAAGAAAGUUAUCAAGAGAAGAGGACUGCUUUGUCAGGGGUUGUGCUGAAAUCUAACUGGCCUAUAGACAGGCAUGCUGGGAAAAUUUACACGAGAGCAAUGUUUGAGCAGUUUGGUAUAUGUUUGUAUGAGUCUGGACAUUACCUUGUAGACGAAGUUGAGCCUGACGCUGUAUACAUUGCAGCACUCAAUGGCUUCUUCAAAGGAAAAAUGGUGCAAAGUACUUUUUAGGGUCGAUGUCGACUGUGUUGCAGAUAUAUUCGAAUGUGAGUGUGGAUUCUUUACACACUCCGGUCUUCUAUGCCCUCACGUUCUGAAGAUAUGAAGAAAUACCGGGGCGGUACAUAAUGAAAAGGUGGACCAGAGACGCAAGAGACAUACUGCCGGCACAUCUACAACGUUACCAGAAAGACAAAGCGGCAAAGUUGUCAUCAACUUACCGUCAUUCAAGCCUGCAGCUGGCUUGCCUUGAGUUGAAUUCACUCGGGGAUUCUAACAUGGAGUGCUACAAUCUGGCUAUGAGGGAGAUAUCAAAGCUGGUGAACUUGUUGAAGCCUAUGAGCAAGGAUAAAGAUGGGCUUGGUAUUGAGGAGAGGAUGAAAGAAACAGAAGGGGAGGUUCUGCAGACAGAGAACGACCGUGCUGAUGACGAAAACUCAGGUUCAGAUAAAUUAGUCGAACCUAGGGGGGAGGUUGUUAUGUCUGAACCAGUUAGGAAGAGGUCGGUUGGUCGACCAAGCAUAAGGCGUGACAAACCGCCUUAUGAGGAAAGCGCGAAGCGAACAAGAUUCUGUUCCGUUUGCCGCAAAUCAGGACACAAGAACACUAGCUGCCCAGAGCAUGGAGACGCCCCGAAGGCUCCUAGG